UAUAGCCGUUUCAGCCACCAAACAUCUGUGUUUCACAAGCCGUUUGGGCUCAAUUGUCUCAAAGUGGGUUAUAAUCGUUUCUGGUGGUGGAGACAUGUCUAUGGACGAUGCGCUCGCUUUGUUCCAGAGGUUCGAUGUGAACGGUAAUGGAACCUUGGGUUUUGACGAACUGCGCGAGUUGCUACUCAUCAUUGGAGUUCCUGCAGCUGAUGUUCCUCGAUUGUUUGGCGUCAUUGACACCAAUUCUGAUGGAAACAUUGACUUUGAAGAGUUCAUCAGAUGGAUGUAUGCCCAGCCUGUAGAUGCCAAGGAAAAGAUGUUGGGCAGCACAGCAGUGGCAAAACAACUAUUGCGAGAGAUCGCGGACAGCUUGAUUGCAAAAAACAUACCACCGGAGCAUCUCUUUGCGAGUGCAAGCGUGCGGUCUGAUGGUUUACUGUCGCGAGAUGAGCUUUCUCGAAUACUUCUUGCGUAUCUUCCUGAUUUAUCACCCACAGUGUUAUCUGAAGCAUUUCACCUCUGCGAUUGGGACCACAGUGGCUGGAUCAACAUCGAAGAAUUUGUUUCUGCGCUGCGCAGAGAGGCAAGUGGGUUGCAGGAGCUCACCCCAUCAACAGCUGAUGUUUCGGUUACAGUGCCAGCUGGCUGGCGAUACGGAAUGCAGCUUCCGGCAGCAUGGCAUAGUUACACCAGUUUCUUUGCAAUCAGCUUGAUCAAGCGAUCACUUGCAUUCCCAUUCCUUCCGCACGAAGGUUGAAUAUGCUGGACAUUUGUACCACGUGGAUGUGCCAAGUGGGCACACCAUUGGAAGCACGUUCACAACGACGCUGAAAUUGCCUGGGUAGAUGAUGUCCGAGUGGAUGCCGCAAAGGCAUAGUGCUCACAUCAUGGCAGCGAUGCCCUU